UAUAUUAUGAAGUUCUGCAAUAUGGUGGUUGUACAGUAUAACAAAAUUGUGAUUUUCCAGAUUUGAUCUCUGUGAGCGUUUUGUUCACUGGCCAGACUCCAAAGUAUCAGAGUUAAUGUUGCGGUAUCAGAAAUGUAGGCUGCAGGAUGUAUUCUAGUAGCUGAACAAAUGCUUGAGCAAGUUUAUUUAUUUAAAAUUAAAUUGCCAAUAUGAUGAUCAUUGUAUAGUAUCCAUACAGCUUGAGGACUUUUAGAUUACAUAUCCCAAAGACAAUAAAUGUUAAUGUAAAAACAUUAGUUUAUUUGUUAACUUACAAGACAGAGAACUGUUAGUUAGUAAAUCUCUAACACUUAUAUUAUUAACUAUAUAUUUAGUUGUACUGUAUUUAACAUCUCUAGAUUUCUUGAUUUUGUUUUGUAGGCAUUAUAGUGACUGCUUCGCAGCGGGCUGACAGCAGCUACAGCUACAACACGGUAACUGUGGUGUUUCUCACAGAGGCCACUAAGCUACUUACAUCUCUAAUUAUAUUUCUUAAAGACAACAGAUUGUCUACUCUCAUUGCUGAUAUGAGGACUCAUCUCCGAGUGUUGGGGCUGUACAUGGUGCCUGCUCUUCUCUACUGUCUCUACAACAAUUUGGCUUUUGUCAACUUGGCAGCUUUUGACCCUACUACAUACUUCUUGUUGCUUCAGCUCAGGGUUGUGGUCACAGGCAUUAGCUUCCAGGUUGUUUUCAAGAAGCAGUUGAGCAGACGUCAGUGGGUUUCCUUGCUCAUUCUUACUGUGGGAUGUAUUGUCAAGCAGCUUAGUUCAAUAAAGAAACAAGAAAUCUCACCAACACAGCCCGAGUCCACCUACACUACAUUUUUCCUUAACUUUGCAUCACUUCACACAGGCCUCAUGCUUGUUCAGGUGUUCUGCUCCUGCCUUGCUGGUGUUUAUAAUGAGAAGUUGCUGAAAGAUACAGGUGUUGAGGUUCAUAUUAUGGUGCAAAAUGUCUUUAUGUACAUAGACUCCAUCAUUUGCAAUGCAGUUAUUCUCCUAUUUAGAGGGGAGUUAUUUUCUGCCUUUACUGCAGCAUCCCUCACUCAGGUGUGGCAGCUUGCUGUUGUAGUGAUUAUUAUUAAUAAUGCAGCAGUUGGCAUUGUAACAAGUUUCUUCCUCAGAAACUUAAAUUCUAUCCUUAAAACAUUUGCCUCUGCACUCGAACUGAUGUUUACGGCCAUAUUAUCAUGGAUCAUAUUUGGUAUUCCUGUCGACUGGUGGACUGCUGCAGCCAUUACCCUUGUGAUAUAUGCAACUUACAUGUACGCUCAAAGCCCAGUGGUGAACAGAGGACGGCUUGAUGAACUUGAAAAAGGAAUGACCUCGGGGGAAGCGGAACAAGAAAUGCUUGUCAUAAAUAGAUCAAUGACAGCUGUGUGAAGUUUUAUGAUGGCAGCUCCAUGAAGUUUCUGAUAGCGUUGGGUACAAUAAAACUGUGAUCUAGUUAUAUAUAUUAAUUUUGAGUAAUGUAAGUCAGCCUAAAUAUUUUCUGACAUAAUAAUGAUGAUCAAUAAUGAAAGCAAUAACUAGCAGUAACUCAUCAUGUUGAAACUUAGAUUGUGGCUGUAUUGACUUUUCUUUAUUUAUUAGUUAUUCAUGUACCGUAUAUUUUUAACCCUAAUUACAAUAGGUCUGCUUCACUAAAUUCAAAGCAAUACUGUAUAAAUAUAUAUAACAAGGGAACGCAGGUGGAAACUUAACACCCAAAUAUAUUUCAAAGAUUUGUAAAUCUGCUAGUCAGUAGAUAUUAAGCAUCAGCUCAAGACCAAGUCUUGUAAAAUUCAACUUUUGUACAACUGUGCUUCCUUUAGACCCUUGGAGGUGGAACAGAUUGUUCUUGUUGAUCACUGUAGCUGCCAGUAUUGAAGGCUAAAGCUUACUAGUCAUAAUAAUCUCUCACUGAUGAGAGUGACUAAUCUCAAGGUUGUUUGUGAUUUGUUAGUACAAUAUAUUUCCACAUAUAUAAAUUAUGUAUUCGUAGAUUUCAUUUUCUGUGGGGAGCCCCUAUGGCUCCCUGGAGCUUAUUGGGCUAAUGUAUGUUAUAUUAAACCGGGACAUUAGCUAAGGAGUUCAGACCUACCAGGGACCAGUGCCAGAACCUGGCC